CCUCCUGAGCCUUGCGUUGUACUCGUGAUGGGCCCUCCUGCCUCCUCGCCCUCAGGUUACCCAACACCAGGCCGGGGCGCUGGUGCCGUGCCACCUUGAGGGGCACCCAGGAGCCAGCCCGCCUUGGCUCAGGUGACACUAAUAAAAGGAGCGACACCAGUGUGUACUUUCCUUAUCAAUUCGUUAUACGAAGAGGAUGAUUGUUGUGAAUCAGGAAUUUAAUUUAUCUUAAUGAAGUGUAAACAGGCGGUGGCGUCAUGCCGCCAGGGAGGGAACGAUCUGGGCGGGGCUAGCGUCGCCCCGCCCCUUCAUGCCGUUAUUGGUCCCCUACCGGCAUUGUGGGCGGGACUCUAGUGUAGCCACGUGCAGGGCCAGGCACAGCUGAAGCAAGCAUGUGUUAUCCUGGGGCAGGUGACGUGUCUUGUUUCCUCAUACAUGACCUUUCGAGGCUUUAAUUACACUCUCAGGAGACGCACUUAACAAUGCCGAGUUACUUCCUUCAGGACUGGAGCACGCCAAAGUUCCGGGUGGCAUGGUACGCGUAACAUUCGCCUGGAGGUGGAGGUCCCGUUAUCCAAUCACAGCGGGCACGUGGCGGGCCGCGGCGUGCGCCGGGUGUUAGACGGACAUCCAGGACAGGCGACCCGCCUCCCUCCGCUGCUACGCGUUACGGAGAAACGGUAUUGCACUGUUGGCGGGAUGGGUGUGUCCUUCUUGGCCGGAUAAGGGCGGUGCUGUUUGAGGGGCGGAGGCCAGCGGGCGCCAGCACCAACAUCGCCCUGGAGUUCCUGGCAAUAGUGAGUCACUGUGUCAUGGCCCCGAGCAGUCUCGUCCCGCAUCCCGCCGCUGUCCCACGUGCCUCAGUCCCCUACGACAGCCUCUCCUCUCCCGCCCCUACAGUAGCCACGAGUUUGUGACCUCCAUGCCAGGUGCCUUCCAGAAGCAACUCAGUCUGUGCCUUCCCCGCCCGUGCCUUGUCGUCGUCAGCUCUGCCUCAGUGACACCCCUCCAACCACGAACCUACCCACACUCAAAAGGUUACUUUAUCGUGCAAGUGAUGACCACCAGCACCCGGCAGGAAGAGGAGACCCUUUGAUCUACUUCUCCCUGCUGCUGUUGGUGGCGUGCCGCUUCCUGCUCCUUCAUCACGUCCUCACAAGAGCAGCGCACCCUCAGCCAGGCAGCGCCCAUGACCACGAUGUCCCGCUCCUUCCUGGUGGACUCCCUUAUCUCUCCGCGAGUGACGGAGACCACCAGCGGGCGGGCACCCAGAGGCUACAGUCCCCCCUCCAACACUCACAUGCCUCCUCUGCUGCCCCUCCAUCAGCCGUGCCCGCCCGGCAAGCACAGCGACGUGCUUUCCCUGUACACGUGCCGGGCCUGCGUGCCCAUUCCGCCUGCCCUCAAACAGGCAAUGGCGCCCUCCCUCUCCUCCUUCCCGCCCGCCUUCACCUCGGGCCUGGCCCACACCCCCGUCAGCCUCCCCCAGGCCCCGGUGCUGCGCCCCGUCCCCGUCUCCCUGCCCAUGCCGCCCAUCUACUCGCCUCUCUACGCUCCCGUCACGCCCACACGCCCACACCUCGCCGCAACGCCCGUCUCCCAAGAGAAGAAGUCGCCAAGCCAAGGAGUGACGCGGCCCCGCUCCCCGUCCCCCAGUGAGGACGUGCCCUCAUGCAAGAGAAUCCGCACUGCCUUCACCUCGACUCAGCUGUUAGAGUUGGAGCGAGAAUUUGCCUCCAAUAUGUACCUGAGCAGACUCCGCAGGAUAGAGAUCGCCACCUACCUCAACCUAUCCGAGAAACAGGUAAAGAUAUGGUUCCAAAAUCGGCGAGUCAAGUACAAAAAGGAAGAGGGCGGCCAAACGCGUGACAAGUGUUCGUGCCUCAGGACCUGCACGUCGUCGAGGCCGCGUGAGAAAGAUCACACGACCCCGCAAGGAUGUGACAGCCAGAGCCACGACCAAGACCCCGAGGAGACGCCCCCGCGACCCCGCCAUAAUACAGCCGUCGGGGAUGAUCGCAUCAAGACUGACAGUGCCAGCUGCGACGAUAAUGAGGAAGACCACCACCACCACCAUCACCAUCUCCACCAUCACCAUAUGGGACACACCAUGCUGCACGACGACCUCCGUCGGCGAGAAGACGUCCACUCACACAAUGCGGUCACUAGUACGGAGGGACACCCGCCCGUGGGCCAGUAUACCUCCGAUGCGGAGUCUGAAUGCGACCGAGACAGUAAUGAAAACAUCGACGUGGUGGUGUGAGUCGCCGUCGCCUCCCAAGACAGGUGGAAGCCGCACAAAUACCGUCACCAACAAGGAAAUUAAAAACUGUUGUGUUUGCAACUCUUUGCUUCUUCGAAGCGAGCAUGGAUUUACAAGGCGGACUGAAAAGUGUUAAUGCCGUAAAUGAACACCGUGCCCACACUUCAAACCGGCGUGGUAUGCGGUGCGUCUGUGUCGCCGUCCUCGUGAAUGGUUCAGAUAUUUAUUACAAUAUUCGGUGGCGGUGGCGUCCUGUUGUGCUCGCAGUUGUCACCAUCAUCACCAGCUGUACUUUACACACACACACAGAGAGAGAGAGAGAGAGAGAGAGAGAGAGAGAGAGAGAGAGAGAGAGAGAGAGAGAGAGAGAGAGAGAGAGAGAGAGAGAGAGAGAGAGAGAGAGAGAGAGAGAGAGAGAGAGAGAGAGAGAGAGAGAGAGAGAGAGAGAGAGAGAGAGAGAGAGAGAGAGAGAGAGAGAGAGAGAGAGAGAGAGAGAGAGAGAGAGAGAGAGAGUAUACAUAACUAUUUCUUUUCAGCCACACACGUCGUUUAUCAUUUUGGUGACUUAAGCCAAACAUUCCGCGUCUGCACCUUCCCUUCACGGGGGCCGCAGCAGCGUAUCCGUCUUGGAUGAUGUCUCAAUUACAGGGACGGUCGAAGAAUACCGUCAGUGCCUGCCUCGUGCAUCCGACGCCCCGAGUGCCACUCACCACAGUCGCUCAUGUGUAACUCUGCCGCUACUGUGAAAUAAGUGCCUGCAUGAUCCGCCUUUGUGCCACAUCCUAGAGUUGUAAGAGGCGUUCAGACUGUUUAACUGAUUGAUCCAGGUGUUGUAACACAGUGAACCUGUCGCCUGUGACAAGCUGGAGUAUCGUCUCUUCCCCCUUGGAGUCCGCGCGGUUGUCGUGUUUCAGUGGUGUUCAGAUGCGUGUGUCGUGCUGCUGCUGUUAUCCAGGAAUUAGGUGAUGAACUUUUUUCUCGGUCGAUGAUAUAUUACUCUUACUGGGCAUGCCAUGUGCAGUGCCUUACUUAAUUUCCACAAGAGGUGGGGAACUUUUGGGCACCAUGUCCUAAGUUAACGUCCUUGUAACCAGACAGCCGCGUAGGGAGAGAGAGAGAGAGAGAGAGAGAGAGAGAGAGAGAGAGAGAGAGAGAGAGAGAGAGAGAGAGAAAAGAGAGAGGGAGCGGGAGCCAUGUUAUGACUCCAUCGGGAGGAUAAUCAUCGCCGGCUGCCGCUAGGGGGCCCCCAGCCUCCGGCCACCUCGCCUAAUCCCUCACACAUUGAUUGAAUCCCUUUUAGCGCAGCUCCGCCAUUGUGCCCACCCUUUUUUGUGUGUGCAUGUGUGUGUGUGAUACGGAGAUAUUUUUCUGCGAGUAUUUUGCCGCCACAUUGUGCUCUAGUCACACCGUUGUUUACAAUUGUCACGUAAAGUACCGUAAAUUAGGAUUACUUAUGACUCGCCUCCCGUCCCUCACCUUCCCCUCGGGAUAGGAGGGAGGAUUGGGGAGGGCAUGUGACCUGCUGAUAAAUAAAUAAAAGACGAACAGUGAA